AUGUCCUUCUCCGACCAGACCAGCGACAUCUCGUCCAAGACCGACCUCGAGAAGACAGCCACCGCCGAUCACUACGCCCCGGGACUUCGCGUCCGACAUGUCGACAACGUCAAGGGCACCGACGCCCCCGUACAAGAGGUGCGAUCGGCUGCACUGACAGCUGCUCUGCAAGCUUCGAACAAGACCGACUUCUCGUCGCGAGGUACGUGCUCGCGUUCUCUUCCUGCGCUGCGGGUCACCCACCUCUGGGGAGUGCGGCUACACGUGAUCUGAUCAGCGAGCCCGCCCCAGCGAGGUUGCACCACGCUCCGUGUCUGCCUGUCGCUCACACUUCCGGGUUUUUGUUGCCUUGUUCUUCAUUGUCACUACAGCCACCUGGACUCUCCUCGGUGCCAUGUAGGUCACAGUUUGCCACUAUCGGAGUGUAAGAGCCGACUUCACCGGUGCUAACCUACAUUUCUUUCUCUCUUUUUUUUUUUUUUUUUUUUUUUUUUUUUUUUUUUGCCCUUUUUUUCCCUCCUCCCUCCUCCCCCAUCACGAAUUUUCUUCUGCCUGCCUGUUGCGCUACCCGCAGCUUCGUCUCGUUCUUGUGCAGGUGAGUUGUUUCUUCUUCCGUCACCAUGGCACAGUCCGGGUUGCUUGUACCCAUCCAGGCAGUAUUUGCUGACUCUGCCGCUUGUACUGGUCCUUGAACGGCACAGUUGCGCCAACGGAUAUGACGGCAGUCUUAUGGGUGCCAUCAACAACAUGAAGCCGUACCAAGCUCAGUUCAACUCCGGUGUCGUCGGAUCUACCACCGGUCUCAUCUUUGCUAUCUACACCGUUGGCAACAUGGUCGGUUCCUUGUUCGCUGCGCCUAUUGCCGAUCGAUGGGGUCGCCGUGUCGGCAUGCAAGCAGGGUGCGCAGUCAUCGUUUUGGGCACGCUCGUCGCCGUGACUUCGCACAAGAAGGAACAAUUCAUCGCCGGUCGCUUCAUCCUCGGUUUCGGUAUCGCCAUCGUUACCACCGCUGCUCCUUCAUACUGCGUCGAGAUCGCUCCUCCCGCAUGGCGAGGUCGCGCCACCGGCUUCUACAACUGCGGUUGGUUCGGUGGAAGUGUCCCCGCCGCCGCGAUCACCCUCGGCACCUCUUACAUGAGCUCCAACUGGGGGUGGCGCAUCCCUCUGAUCGGUCAAUGUAUUCCCGCCUGCGUCGUCAUCCUCUCGGUGCUGUUCCUCCCCGAAUCCCCUCGUUGGUUGAUCGCCAACGGUCGCGACGACGAGGCUCGUGCUUUCCUCGUCAAGUUCCACGGCAACGGCGACCCCAACUCGGCCAUCGUCGAACUCGAAUGGGCCGAGAUGGUUGAGGACAUCAAGGUCGACGCCUCGGACAAGCGCUGGUGGGAUUACUCUGAGUUGUUCAAGACCAAGGCCGCGAGGUGGAGGUCGCUCAUGGUGCUCGUCAUGGGUGUUUUCGGUCAAUUCUCCGGCAACGGUCUCGGCUACUUCAAUUUCCAGAUCUACUCCUACGUCGGCUACUCUUCGCUCAUGCAGUUUGUGCUCAACCUCGUCAACUCGAUCACCUCCGCCAUCGGUGCCGGUCUCGGUGUCUCGAUCGCUGAUCGCGUCGGUCGUCGCCCCAUCCUCAUCUGGGGUACCUUUGGCUGCGCCUUCUGGCUCGCCAUGAACGGUAUGGCCACCCACUUGGUCAGUCACUUCUCACGUCUUCUCGUUGCUCCUUCUCAUCUUCUGUACUGACCUCACUUUCGCCACCUCUUCGUUCUUUCGCAACAGUGGGCCCAAGAGGAUGCGAACAAUCACAACUUGAACAUUGGUCGCUUCGCCAUCGCAUCGUUCUUCAUGUUCAACAUCGUCAUCUCGUUCGCCUAUUGCCCUCUCCAAGCUCUCUACCCCGUCGAGUGCCUGCAGACCAACACGCGCGCCAAGGGUAUGGCCGCGUACGCCUUCACCGUCUCGUGCAUCGGCUUCAUCAACACUUACGCCACCCCGAUCGCGCUGCAAAACAUCUCGUACAACACGAUCUGGAUCUUCGUCGGGUGGGACUGCAUCGAGACGCUCAUCUGGUACUUUGUGUGCGUCGAGACCCAGGGCCGAACACUCGAAGAGCUCGAGGAGAUCUUCGCCGCUCCCAACCCGGUUCGCGCUUCCAAGGCCAAGAAGACGGUCGUCAUCGAUGCCCAAGGUGUGGCCAUCAUCGACGACAGCACCAAGGUCUGA